AUGGACGAGUCAUCGCUCUUGGAUUUACUCGAAUGCUCAGUAUGUCUGGAACGGCUGGACACGACCGCCAAAGUACUCCCCUGCCAGCACACAUUUUGCCGACGCUGCCUGGAGAAUAUCGUCAGCUCCCGCAAUGAGUUGCGAUGCCCGGAAUGUCGGAUACUGGUAGACUGCGAGGUGGAUGAUUUACCUGCAAACAUCCUCUUGGUACGGUUAUUGGAUGGGAUUAAACAGCGACCGUGGAACGGCGGUAGACCGUCACUGACUGGGGUGUCCCUGGGAUAUGCAGCCGGCAUUUCAGCCUCACCUCCAGGAACGGCCAUCCGUGAUUUGACAAGUUCGACUCGGAGCUCUCCAGUCAAGAAUGUUCCUCAGCUGCCCUGUGGGAAAGCUCUCUACAGCUAUGAGGGCAAAGAACCAGGUGACCUCAAGUUCAACAAGGGGGACAUCAUCAUUCUGCGUCGAAAGGUGGAUGAGAACUGGUUCCAUGGGGAGCUAAAUGGUAGUCAUGGUUUCCUGCCAGCCAGCUACAUCCAGUGCAUCAAGCCCUUGUCCCAGACCCCACCCCAGGGCAAGGCUCUCUAUGACUUUGAGGUUAAGGACAAGGACCAGGACAAAGACUGUUUGGCUUUCACCAAGGAUGAAAUACUGACUGUGAUCCGGAGAGUGGAUGACAACUGGGCAGAAGGCAUGCUGGGAGAUAAAAUCGGGAUUUUUCCUAUUUUAUAUGUGGAGCUUAAUGAGCCAGCCAAGCAGCUGAUGGAGCUGGACAAGCUGAGUCCUGUCCCGGGCCCCAGUACCGAACCCGGGUCCCCAGCCGGCCCCUGCUCGGGCCCCGGCCCCACCCUGAACGGCAACGGUCCCCCCGGCGGUAUCCACCGGCGGGCCGACGGCAAGAAAAAUGCCAAGAAGCGGCACUCCUUCACAGCGCUCAGCGCCACCCAGCGCACGGCCCAGGCGCUCAACAACCGGCACUCCAUGGAGAUCAGUGCUCCCGUCCUCAUCAGCUCCUCCGACCCCCGAGCGGCCGCCCGCAUCGGGGACUGCCCCCACCUGGCCUCCAGCCCUCCGCAGGAUGCGUCCCCCUUUGUUGGAACGUCGAAUGUGGCAGCAGCAGUGCCACCAAGAGUGGCCUCGGUGGCUGGGGAGCUGCUUGCCGUUGCCAAGGUCCAGCUGCCCUUGAAUAUAUAUCUAGCCUUGUAUGCCUACAAGCCCCAGAAGGCCGAUGAGCUGGAGCUACGAAAGGGUGAGAUGUACCGGGUGACGGAGAAGUGCCAGGACGGUUGGUUCAAGGGCACCUCGCUCUGCACAGGCGGCACCGGGGUCUUCCCCGGGAACUAUGUCACACCCGUCUCCAGGGCCCCGUUUGCUAUGGGACAAUCCCGGGCGUGUCUCUCCAGUCCCGCUCCGGUUGCCAAGGUGGUUCCAAGCUCCCCCGGGUCGCCGGGGCCUUCCAGCCCGGUGCUCAUGGGGUCCUCCUCACGUUCUAUCCCUCCGCUGGCCAACACCUCCUCCUCUUCCUCGUCUUCUUCCUCUCCUCAGCUGCAGCCCGCGGCGCUGCAUCUAAAGAACUGCUUACGCAACCAGCAAACUUCCAGCCAAGCCCGCACCUCCAUGCAGCUCGUGCACAGUCCUCCUGCAGGCAGCCUGGAGCGUCCCACUGCGGCAGUGCCCCCUCUGCGGCCCCACGGUUCCCCCACCCGCUCUCCUGGUGGGCCCUCCUCUCGCCCUCUCUCCAUGGGGUCCCCCCAGCACUCGCACCAGCCCCCUUCCCUGUCCCCCGCUGCUGUCCGACCCGCCAUCCCUCUCAGCUCCGCCGCCUCCGCCAUCACCCCGCCCAACGUCAGCGCCGCCCACCUCAACGGCGAGGCGUCGGCCAGCCCGCCGCUGGGGCCCCCCUCCCCCGCCCAUCCGCAGGGCGCCACCGCCGGCCUGCCCAAACUAGAGGAGAAGAAACCAGAGAAGAAAGAGAAGAAGAGCGGAGGCCUCCUGAAGCUUCUGUCAGGGGCAGCAGCGAAGAAGAAGUCUCGUUCGCCCCCCUCAGUGUCCCCCACACACGAACCCCAGGGGCCUUGCGACUCCUCGCACGGGGGUGCCAUGGGGCCCGCGCUGCACCCAGCUUCAGGCCACGGCCGUGCGGGGUCCUGCCCCAUCGAAAGCGAGAUGCAGGGGGCCAUGGGAAUGGAGCCCCUGCACAGGAAAUCCGGCUCCUUGGACCUCAACUUCUCCGUCUCCCCACCCUCCCGCCAGCCUUGCUCUGCGCUACUUGCCCUCCGCCCUGAGCCGAAGCCUCUGUCCCGGGAGAGGUACCGCGUGGUGGUUUCCUAUCCUCCUCAGAGCGAGGCAGAGAUCGAGUUGAAGGAAGGCGACAUCGUCUUUGUGCACAAAAAGCGCGAGGACGGCUGGUACAAGGGCACCCUGCAGCGCACGGGCCGAACCGGCCUCUUCCCGGGCAGCUUUGUGGAAAGCUUCUGAGAGGGAGACCCUUACACACAGGCAGCAACAGGACAGCCCCAGGUUGGGUCCUUUCAGCUUCUCACUUAGAACAUCAUGGAACGGACCAUUGGUUUGAGAGCAUGUGAGGAGAAAGCCCAGAUGGAGGGUGCACCCAUAGGCCGUGUAAUAGCACCCCUUUUCUGACCUCCAAACAUUCGAGCACAAAGAUAAUAGAAAAUGAUAGAUAAGAGUUCCGAGAUAAAAUCCCAAGACUUCACUGCCGUUAUUAGGAGUAAUGUUGUUCUCUCCCUCAAAAUAAGAAAGCACAGGUAGCUCUUCAGGUGUGAUUGUAGUCAAAUACACCCCUGGGAGGGAUGAGCAAAAACACUAAAAUGUAUUUUGUCCCAGAAUACCUCCCAAGUAAUUGUAUAUUUAGCAACAGUCAAAAUGGUGGAGGUAUACUUUGCUUUACAGGUGGCGCAGAGGUAUAGACCGUACCUGAAAAACAACAUGUAUUACAUAUGAAAUGCAUACAUGCAUAUACUGUUUAUCCCUGACCGUUGGUGAGAGACUCAUAUGUACUGUACAAGCACAGGCCGAUACAGAGAGACCGGGAAUACAAAAACCACCACCCCCCUCCCACCCUCCUCAGAGCCCUCCAGCCAUAAAGUGGCCCUCCUCUCACAGAAACUUCGAACCUGGGCACGCCAACACAAGGAUCAGCCCCCCUCCAGGGCAUAGGGGACCGGAACUCUACUGUCACAUGGGACAGCUGAAAGCUUUUGCAAAUGUAGUGUUUUCCCCAUCUGUACUUUAGUUAUUAUGUUAUUAUGAAACAGCUGCAGUAACCUGGAAAGAGUCCCCCUGCUUGGGUUAGAAAGACAAGGACACUUUGGGUGUAUCCUGUGAUACAAAAUACCUCUAAAAUAAGCAGAUAUAUAAACUACACUCUAUAAGCUGCACUACACUGUAGUGCUACCCCCCUGACUUCCUCCUCAAUAGACAGAGGAGAGGAGCCGAUGACUGCUUUGUUGGAAUGCACAUUCACACAGUGUAUUCACAGGUCCGGCCACCAUUCCCUGCUCAGCCAGCUCCUCAUUACUGGGAUAGACACCUGGUGUGGAAAUCUGUGGUAACAGCGUGUACUCACAAACACUGAGAAUGGCCACAACCAAUAACAUGUACUGCAAGAGAACAGCCAAGCCAGCACUGAUAAAGAACAAAAUGAAAUUAUAAAAUGAAUGAAUCAAUAAAUAAAAGUUGGUGUAGUAUAAAAGCAUUUCUCUAAUUUAGGAAGAAUGACUUGCAGAGAUGACAGCCAUUCUCCAGGGACUUCCGAGCAGAGUGCGUGGCUCCUCAGUGCUCGAGUCUUUACACAGCACAGUUUUUGUCUCAAGCACAAAUCCUCAGCAAUUCCCAGCACAUCCCCAAAUUUCAUCAGGCCAGCCUGGUAUGUUGAGAAACAGUUCCUUGUCCCAUGUCCGGAGUAUAAAAGGCAUAAUUGGUAGGCAUUUUUUAAAUGGAAAAAGAUGGAACAUUGUGGUACUGUACUAAUAAUUGAUUUUGAAGUUUGUAUAUUUGCACAAACUAGUUAUUGCAUUCUGCAUUUUAACUGCAUGUCAUUCAUUUUGUCUAUAUGAAUGUCUUUGUAUGUGUCUUGUGAUUAUGAUUCAUUAUGAGUAUGAUUAAUUGGUUGGACAUUCUGGAGUUAUUUUGUUCUUUGUAAUGCGUGUUGAAGAAGCAGGGAGGUCCACCCUAAGAGGAGCAGGAAUACUCCUGGAUGUUUUGUUCUUUUCUUCUCAGUCUACUGUAUAUGAGGGGGAUAUUUUUUUCCUUGUGGGCCAGGAAGGUGUGAUGUGUGUUUCGCUGCCAAGGCACAGAGUGUCUGACAGCAUGCUGGUACCGUUCCAGGCAGUCAGAUACCACCCCCAGACUGAGUGACUAGGAGCCGUGACAGAGUAACUGUUGAAUAGCUAAUGACCAGUGUAUGAAAUGAUGAACAGUUCCUUGUUUCUUAUACCAGCAUGUUGCCUAAAGUAAUGAAGUGGCUGUUCUCCUGAUGGGAAUGCACAUGCCAUCGUAGGUAUAGGAUUCCACUGUUAUUUAGCCCUUGCUCAUUAUAUGAGUGGCAAAGACCUGGUACAAUGACAAUAACAGAUAUAUAAAUGAAUCACAUUUUGAUUUAAACACUUACAAGCACAUGUAUAGAUUAUCGUAAGAUUGACUAGGUCGAGUUUUAUCCGUAGAAUGGGUAGGGGAAUAUAGGUGGAAUUUAGGUUAAGGGUUUAUCAAGAAUUAAUGUUUUUACGAGUUGUACAUGUGUUGAAUGGCUUUACAAGUCCUGUAGCAGAGGCAGAGGCCCUCAGGUUGUUUGAGUCCAGGCUCGACUCGGUGCUGGAUACUUUCUUAUCUAUCGGUGCAGUAGAUAAGGGGAUUAGAUGGGCUGAAUGGUAUGCUCCUGUUAUUAGGUAUUAUGCUGUUAUGUUCUAAUGACAAUGACCUCUUAUGAAAACAGAAAGAGACUUCUAUAUGUCAUCAGGGUGAUAUUCACAAGGAAUGGUUUGGGCUAGCAGAAAGGGUCAUUUUGAUUGUGAAAAUGAACUGGUAGUUACAAAUAGGGUAGUGAAUUGAGAUUGGAUCCUUCAACCGCAGUCUGGCCUUGUUUGAGUUAUGGACUCAUAGGAGUAUCUGAGCUCUGGCCCAGUAGUUCCCACUCCAGGAACACCUUAACCAGGGACAUUAUGAUUGAUAAUCUUGUCCUGGGAUAUGGGUCUAUAGUGAAACUGUCGUCCCAUGAUAAUUUUUCUUAAUGAGUCCUUAGAAGGGAGAGAGCUACAAGGCUUCAUGGACCCUUGGUUGUUAUGACAUGGGAAUGCGUGUAGGUGAUGAAAAAACUAUUCAUGGGUCUCAACCCUUUUUGGUAUUGCUGCUCCUUUCAAUGUCUGUGUCCACAACCACAGAUUUUUGUGGCUGUUCUGAGGUUACAUCCUCUUCGGUUCUGAACCUUAAUGCGUUAAUAUUAAGCACACACACAAGAUGAAUCAAAGGCCUUGACUUAUUCAAAACACUUCUUUUGACUGAAGUGAUGUUGCAUUGUGUUAUUUUUCACAUUGGAUAUUUCUCUGUUAAGAUGAUGAUUAGGAGGUAGAUUUGUCUUGAAUCUAAUAGUGCCAUUUUCACACUGACCCAGGCAGGGGGGCAGAACACUGCAGCAGUCAGCCAUUUUGGUAUUACCAUUGUCUAGCAAUUAUAUGUGUCUGUGCCCCAUUCCUACUGCUCCACACUUGUGUUGAACUUGUGUGUUCCAGAGAAGGGGUCAAAUCAACACAAAAGCACAUGCUUAAUUAUUGGUAGUACUUUUACGUUCUUGAAAAGAAGUAUAUGAAUGUAUAAAAGAUAUAUUGUUGCAACGUAUUCUGGCAAGAGUUUAAGGAAUGGAUUUUCAAAUCUGGUAAUAUUGCAUUUGACCUUGUGAUCAUUUACCUGCCAUUUUAUAUGAACAACCUGUGGUUUGUUUGUUUGUUUGUUUUUUUCAGUGAAGUGCAUUUUAGCAAUAAAUGCCUUUUGUUUUAAA